GGCGAGUCUGCUUGAACUUCACAAGCAUCAAAACACUGGCAGAGCGACGUUUUGGCUCCCGCCUGAACUUUGAAAGCAAGCAAGUGCCGACUUUUAUCCAGGCAGAAAUGGCUGCCCAGACCAAAGAUUUACUUGCUGUGGAAGUCCUAAUGAAUAUUAUCAAAGCAGAGGAAGUCCAAAAGGAGAUGGAGCUGAUGAUGAAGCCCCAUGCAAAUUGGGAGGAGUAUCUGAUGCCUGGGCCCAUUUCCAUCGGUAUCUUCGGGGAGCUGUCUUAUAUUGCUGCAGGACAAGGAGACUUUGUCAUCAGUCCUGCCCCACCCGAGGGAGGCUACAAAUAUUUGAAGUAUCCGAACUCUUUCCAGGCUUCCCUGAUGCAGGUGAACAACAGUGGGUGGCAUGCCUUCAGCAUAGCCCACAAGAAUAUGGAUGGCAUCCGGCUCCUUUCUAUGAGCGUCCCUGAGCAAAUCAAAAAGGCUAUCCAAAUCUUAUUUCAGGAAAAGGAUCUAUUGUGGGACAUCUUGCUCCUUAACCAACUAGAUAGCCUGAAGUCAAUUGUAAACGAAUGUUCAUGUUUAGCAAAGUCAGUUGAGAGUAAGUUUGAUGAUGCUAUAUGUAUGAUUGGGGAAUUUCUGGAUGUGUGUACAAGUUCCAAAUCACAAUAUGAGCAAAGAUUGGUAGAAACGAGGUGUGCAUUGGAAGACUUGAAGCUAAGAAAGGCAGCCGCUGAAGAAGCCCAGGCAAAAGCAGAGGAAAACUACAAGGAAACAAAGAACAGAGUAGCUGAAACGUUUGACAAUUAUCGAAAAGUGGUAGAUGGCAUUCCUAAUGAGCCUACAGGCACUUUUAUGGACAUUUAUGGAAAACAAACACAAACUAGACACAUGUUGACGAUAAGUCAACAAGAAUACCAGAAAAGUUUUGACAUCUUGAAGCAGCUGGAUAAGGAUUUGCUGGAUGUGCUCAGUGAAAUGAAGAAAUGUGAAACGAAGCAGAGUGAUUUUGAAACCACCAAAAAGAAGCUGAUCAAAAGAGUGAAUGCUUUUAAUAUUGCUCAAAACAAUACGCACGGCAUCCGUCUUCUUUCUAUGAGCAUCCCUGAGCAAAUUGAAAGGAACAUCCAGACCGUGUUCCAGAAAGGCUUUACCUUCAUGGAUGACUUGCUACCUGGACAAUUAAGUGUACUGGAAGCAGUUGCAGAUGAAUGUUUGUCUUCAUUUAAGAAAAUUGACAAUCGGUUUGAUAAUACUGUUUGUCUAAUUGGGGAACUCCUGGAAGUGUAUACAAGUUCUAAAUCACAGUAUGAACAAGGAUUGACAGAAACCAGACGGGCGUUGGAAGACUUGACGUUAAGAAAGGCAGCCGCUGAAGAAGCACUAGCAAAAGCAAAAGAAUACUACAAGGAAAUGAAGAACAGAGUGGCUGAAACAUUUGAUGAUUAUAGAAAAAUGAAAGAUACCAUUUCUGCUGCUGGCUGGAAUAAUGUAUGUCUGCAAUUCACUUCAACCCUAAGAGAAAUCUUGAAAGGGCCAAUUAUCAAUCUGACAUCUUUGCUUAGCUCUAACGAUCAUAAGUUGCUUUGUUCAACUCACAGCAGAAGGGAGAUAGUGUUUGAAAGCAAGGAUGACUUUAUAGCCAUGAACGAUAUCUGUGCCCAGUCAGCUGAAAUGUGGGCAUUGGUGGAUGCUCUUAAAACCGUGGUGGAUGAUGAAGGUAAUAUUGACACGGAUCUCCUCUGCAAUAAAAAACACAAUGAAAUCAAAACAGUAUGGAUCAAAAAUAAAUCUCAGCAACUGAUAGGACAAAUAACAAAAGUAAAUGAGUGUAGCCUCAAGACUUUGGCAAUGGAAAUAUGCCAGUGUACAAUGGAUAUCACUGAUAUGUUAACUCAAGCAAUAGAACUGGGCAACACAAACAAGGAAAGUCUUAAAAAGACAAUAAACGUUCUCUCAAACACUAUGGAAAUUUUUGAUAGCAGAAGCAGAGCAUAUAAUGUCACACCUGCUUUUGGUCCCAUGGCACCAGAUAUGAUACAAUCCCAGACAAAGAUUCAAGAGAACCCGGCGUUCGCAGCGGAAAAUUUAAAAAAAAAAAUAAACGAAAUUUUGGAAAUGCUGAAGAUGAGCCAAGACGAAUACCACAAAAGUUUUGAUAACUUAAUACGACAGAAUAAGGAUUGGCUGGAUGUGCUCAAUGAAAUCAGGGAAUGGGAAGCAAAACAGAACGAUUUUGAAACAGCCAAAAAUGUGCUGAUCAAAGGCCUGGAUGCCAUGGGACGAGUGAAAGAACAGUGGGAGAAAAUGGUGUGUUUCUUCCAGAUGAUCUACAGUCUCACUGAAUCCUAUAGGAAUAAAGAUCUUACCGAAUUUCUACUAUCCGUUGAAAAUAUUUCCAAAAUUUCAAGUUACUCCCAGCACCUCAUAGAUGGGUUCUCUAAGCAGGCACUCAAUGCAUCUAAUAUGUCUCACUUGGUAAACAUGAUAUCCGAAACUUACACAGAAGUGUCCUCAGAAUGCCUGAUGGAUAAAGUAAACAUGCCAGGGAGGCUUAUUUCCAUGGACCCUUCCGAUCCCCAAUUCCAGAUAGAGCGUGUCAACUUAGCAGAAGAUUGUGACAAUGCCCAACUGGCCAUAGAGGACAGGGUCAUUACGAAAAAGGAAAAAUUUGAAAAAAAUAUCCUUGUCAGAGUGACAAAAAUCUCUUCUGAGCUGAAGGCUGUCUUGCCAAAAAUGACUGAAAUAUAGAGAAAAGCUACUGAACAUAAUGAGCAGAAGGGGAUGAGGGAAAACCCCCAGGAUAGAGCUGAUUAAUUAAUUAAAGACUUGUCUUUCAAUCCAGGAGGGAAAUGGAGGCAGUCUAGGCUUUUCUAUAUUAUUGUAUUUCCCUCAGAAUAAUAGAAUGUGAAGUGGGCAACUUGGUCAUCUCUGUAUUUGCUAAAACUAGAAAACUAAGAAACAGCUAUAGAUAUUGCCAUUUAGGAUCCUUUCAAAAACCGUCUUGGCUCAUCGUUUCUGAGGUAGGGGCUCAUGUUAGCUCCUACUAAAUAUUUCUAUUUUUGUUUCUACUUUCGCGUACCAGUUCCCUCUUCUCUCUCCAGUCAAUUUUUAUGGACCAAUAGCUCUUCCUCUGAGCUGAUGUGGCUACUAGUUUGUCUGCCCUACCACUCCUCUCUUUUGAGGCUUUUUCUACUAGAAAAAAAGCUGAAAUGUGCCUUGUUUGCUUCUUUUUUCACCAUCGUUUGUGUGUCUGUGGUAGAGAAAAGGGUUGAGAGAGAAAAGGAUUGAAAUAUAUGAUGUCUAAUUUUGACAUGCCAUUCAUUUGAAUUCACUGCUAUUAAUGCUAUUAUUGUUUUUGCUCCUAUUGUCAUUGCAGGCUUCAUUCAUUUUUGGAGUGAAGGAACAAUCAAAAAGCAUGAGUCUAUCUGUCUGUCUGUCUAUAUACCUACCUACCUAUCAUCUAUCUGAUAUUUGCAUGUAUCCAUGUGCAAACCUAUGUGCAAGCAUGUAAUAUACACAUACUAUAAUUUGUCAUGUUUUCCUCUGUUUGAAAAGCAUCUACUCUUCAUUUUGGUUCAAACCUCUAAAAUUCAGUUGGUCAUCUUUACUCUAAGUAAAUAUAUAAGUAGCUGCUCAGUCUCUCCCCUUUUAUAUAACCAGUCUUCUUUUUGAUUAUUACAUUUUUUUCUGUUCUCUUUCUUUCUCUGGUGGGUAACAUAGGAAAGCAAACCUGUGGAGUCCUUGGUGCUCUCUGAUCUUGGUUGUUUCCUUGCAGACGUUUCAUUACCCAGCUAGGUAACAUCUUCACAGUAUAAUUCUUGAGCUACUCUUCUAUUGAAAGCAAAUGUAUUGGGUAGUAAAUAGACUGCUUCAAAAUUCUUGAGUGGAAGAUCUUCAAUCCUUGAUCCAACAGACCAAUAUGUCAUCUCCAAGACAGAUGUAUCCUUAAUGGGGAGAUGGCUGCCUGGAUUACUAAACCCAUUGAAAAAAAUAGGUGGGAGAUUCUCAGUUUUCUUGGGUAUAAGUGUAUCUAAGGAGGAAAAGAAUGACAGCUCAGAGAGAUGCUCCUCAAGUACUUUCAGAUGGUAGUUUUCCAGGAAAUCAAGAGAAAGAGGUUGACCAGUCAGCCAGAAUGAACUGAGUAAUUAAAUAUUGAGCUUUUUGGGUGUAGUAGAUGUUUUAUUAAUAGGUAUUAACAAAUAUUAAAAGAUGUUUAAUAACAGGUCUGGUAGUUUUCCAAUACAUUGGCAUGCCACCAUCAAGAAGUUCAGUAUCCAGAAAUUGUUUGGGACUUCUAAUCAAUACAAAUCAGAGUGAAAUGUGAGCAAUAUUUGAAAAGUGUUGCUGUUCCUUCCCUCUAACCCAGUGAUUCUCAACCUUUCUAAUGCCGUGACCCCAUAAUACAGUUCCCCAUGUUGUGGUGACCCCCAAGUGGGUGUGGCCACCAAUAAGAGGGAGUAAGACAGCUAGGGAAAAGGGGAAAAAAUGGCGGACAGCAUGGUUUGGUGACCCCCGUGAAAUGGUCAUUCGACCCCAAAUGGGGUCCCGACCCACAGGUUGAGAACCACUGCUCUAACCACUGUUUAUUAGAUUAUGGCUAUCACAAACGGCAUUGGGUACAUGUAGAUUUUAAACCUGAACUUUUUUUUACUAGGUAUAAUACCAGAAAAAUCUGAUAAGCAAAAGGUUUAACAUUGCAUGUACUAACAGCAGUGAGGAUUGUAUUUGCUCAGCACUGGAAGAAUGAAGAAACGCCACUGGUCACAGAGAUAAUCAAGAAGAUAUUGGACUGUGCUGAAAUGGACAGACUUACAUUGAGGAUCAAAGAGUA